AUGUGGGAGUGCCCUGAGGAUUGCAGAGAAGCUGUGUCGACGUUGAUGUUUGCAGCAGCAAGAUUUUCUGAUCUUCCAGAAUUACGUGGAUUGAGAGCUAUAUUCACUGAGAGAUAUGGAAAUUCCCUUGAACUUUUUGUGAAUAAAGAGUUUGUUGAAAAGCUAAAGUCACAACCACCAACAAAGGAGAUGAAGCUUCAAUUGAUGCGAGAUAUAGCAGUAGAAUCUGGUAUAAAAUGGAACUCAAGGGAUUUGGAGCAGAAGCUAUAUAAACAACUGAUGUCUGAACAAGACAGGCCCAAGAGUCACAAUGAUAAAGAGCAUAAAUUGUACAAGAAAACAGACGAAUCAACUCAGAGAAAAGAACAUGAAGAUGCUAAAUUUAAUCAUGAGAAUGCGAGGCAACAUACAACUUGUAAAGCGAAAAGGGAACAUCAUUCAUCUUAUGGAAGUAAGAAUAGUUUGCCUAAGGGAAGGGACAGUGACAAACAAAAAAGAGAUAAUUUAAGUCUCGCAUCCAACAGAAAUUUGGAUGACAUAACUCCAAUCAAAGAUGGCAAAAAAGGGAAACAAAAUGAACCAGAUAUGGGUAGCUGUGUAUCUAAAGAAGAAUCUGAUGACAAGAAGCCGUUCUAUUAUAGGUCAUUUCAGCCCCAAGUCAAAGCAUGCAUUACAAACAGCACUUCAGAGGAAUCUCCUAUUGGUUUCACUAGGGAGGCAGAGGGACAUACAGAGAUAAAUCAGAUGAGGGUUCAGAUGGCCAAAAAAGAAGAUACUUGUGUAAAUGAUACACUCAAAAAGCCAAAACCAAAAUCAGUUAGGAGGACACGUCUGCAGCCGAUGCGUGGUUCUGAGGAGGACUCGGAUAGAUUGAAAGGCGAGGAAAAAGGAAAGGGCCUCACUAGUGGAGUGAAAGAUAAUGGAAAACGUGGGAUAAGAAUCACAAAAGGUGAUCAGCGCGACGAAGAGGAAAAGAUGAUGGACAGGCUUUUAAUACACUAUACUCAGAAACAGCUUCAGAAUGAAAUUAAGAAACCAAAACCAGUUGUUAAGCUACCUAAAAUAGCUGAAGUUGACGCUUGUGAAGUUUCAAGGCAGAGUCCAUCAGGCCGAGCAGCAACUACUCCUAUUGAAUUGGAACAUGCUAGUCCAGCACUCAAAGUCAGAGAAGAGGCAAAUUCCUUUGAGCAAGAUAUGUUGAGUCCAAAUGGGCAUAUCCAUCCCAAGCUACCAGACUACGAUGACUUUGUCACUCGACUGGCUGCGUUUNGCAAAAAAUUGCACGAGAUCGACUAG